AUGGCAUCCAAAAAGACAAAGGCCGCGGCUUCUGCCGCCGAUGCCAAUGACAACCUCGACGAGCUCUUCUCCGGCAUUGGCGACGAUGCCAAGUCCUCCAAGCCUUCCGCCAACCCCAAGUCCUCCAAGCCCUCAAAGGCCAUGGCCGGCAACAACGACAUCCUUGCCGACCUCGAGUCGCAGCUGGCCUCGCAACAGCCCUCCUCUCGCCCACAUACCCCUCGCCUCAAGGAUGCUGCCGGUCUGAAGCGCCCCACGGCGACGCCUCCCGCUGCCGGCGACGACAAGCCCGCUUCUGCUGGCCGCAAAUCCAACGACAGCACCCGGAGCCUCAAGGCCAGCUUCACCCCGAGCGCCGCCAGCUCCGAGCUGCACGACGCCGAGAGGAAGGGGACGGUUGAGCAGGAGCAGGAAUUGCAGCAGCAGCAGCAGCAGCAGCAGGGUGGAGGGGGCGGAUGGUGGGGUGGCAUCCUUUCCACCGCAUCCGCCGCCAUGAAGCAGGCAGAGGCAGCGUACAAAGAGAUUCAGCAGAACGAGGAGGCCAAGAAGUGGGCCGAGCAGGUCCGUGGUCUGGGUGGUAUAGACGUCGGAGCCAUCAAGAAUUACGGCGACGAGCUGCGCAGCCGCGCCCUGCCGACCUUUACAAACAUCCUCCACACCCUGGCGCCGCCCAUCAGCUCGCACGAACGCCUUCUCAUUCACAUCACCCAUGACCUCGUCGGCUACCCCUCGCUGGAUUCCCUCAUCCAUGCCGUCUUCGCCCGCGUCAUGUCCCAAGUUGAGGGUGGAGAUCUACUCGUGGUCCAGCGCGGCCACGAGAGCAGCUCUCGGCGGCUCAGCGAGGGCUCGGCUGGGUGGCGCGACGGGCCCUGGUGGAGACAGACCGACUCCCAUCGCGAGUUGGGCGUCGUUAAAGGCUUGACCGAAGGCACCAAGCUCUGCCGUGCCGGCGCCGAGUCGUAUUCCGACGAAUACUAUGCUUCCAACGGCGGCUUGGAGCAGGCCAAGGCCCGUGCCACGGAGGAUCUGAGCGAGAGCAAUCCGGUCCGAACCUCGGACCUGUUCCUGGCCGUGCAGGCCAUCAGCACCGACGCAGACCAGGCGCUCUUUGCCCGCGCCGCGUCGGCCGAGAAAGAGAAGGAGUCUUCUGCCGUCAAGGAGCAGGAAGAGGCGGAUGAGCUUGUCUGCUUUGCCAUCUUCAUCCUCGACCCUAUCCACGAGAUUGAGUUCUCCACCGUCAGCCAGUCUUUGCCCUCCAAAUGGAUCAAGGACAUACUGGACGACGGGGGAGUGGACCCCAGGGAGUGGGUGGCUGAGUGGAUCGAGGAGACGUUGAGCCUGGCCAUGGGCGUGGUGGCUCAACGGUACGUGGCCCGCAGAAUGGGCGUCGGCGAGGGUGGCCUGGGCCGGGGAAAGAAGAGAGUCGACGACUCGGUCCACGUUGCCGGCGAGGCCGCCCGAGCGGGUGUCUUUUAG